UGUAGUUUGUAAACCCUAAUUAUUAUCCUCCUCCUCCUUCUUCUUCCUCACCGAUUGAAUGAUUUUGCGAUUGUCUUCUUCUUCUUCUUCCUCACCGAUUGAAUGAUUUUGCGAUUGUUUUCAGUUGCUGACGUUCAAUUUAGAGACUGGUCUAUUGCUGUGCGCUGCGGUUGUUGUUGCUUAAUAAUUAGUUUCAGUUUGAUGUUUGAGCUCUAUAACCCUCGAUCGCUCCGUCUGUCGAAUCCUCUGUUUGUGUCGAUCCAUUCCAAUUUCCAUCCAUCUUGUUUUCUACGAGGAGCUUCUUCCCUUAUGUAUGCACCUGCCUUUUUGAUGCGAUUCAUGGAUGGGCAUAGUGUUCUUCUAUCCGAUAAUAUAUUUCUCUUGUCUAAUUGCUCCGUUGCUGUUGCCUAUCUAUAAAUUACAGGUACGUAGUAAGUUUCCAAGUUCCCGAGAGGGAGGGAGGGAGGAGCAACGAUGCCUGAGCAGCCUGUCCCAUCGGUAUAUGUGGUCUACUACCACGCUACUCACCUUGACCCCAAAAACCUCAAGGACGAUUCACUCUACACAAUCCAUGCUUUCCCUGUUACCCAUCCUCCUUAUGAGCCCUUGCCACAAGAGCCCGUUCUCACUCUCCGGCCCCGUGAUCUCCCAUUUCUAAUGGGUUUUGCAUGCAUUGGCUCCUCAAUCUACAUGAUCGGAGGCAGGUGGGAUUGGCCUUCCCCAAGAAGAGAUCCCUCUCUUGACGUUUAUAUCCUCGACACACGCCUUCUCCCCCCACCCACCUCACAUCCCAUAGAGAACCCCCUACACUAUCUGCGGAAGGGGCCUAGUCUGAGAGCCCCCAAAAUUGACCCCACUGUCAUCUCUCUCCUUGGGAAGGUGUACGUCCUCCCAAAUUCUUUCGAUCCUUCUUCUUCUGAUAAGGACGAACCACGGGCUGAAGUUCUCGACCCAUGCUCCAAUGAGUGGGUGUCCCUUCCUGAACCAAAACUCGAUCCUUGUGAUGACCUUGAACCGAGCGCUUACAAAGUGCGAUCUUGCAAUUCUAUCGGAUCUUGCAUUGUAUUGACGCUGUUCUGCGAUCUGGUCUACGAGCUGGAUUGCAACCAUCCGUGUGAAGGAUGGAAGAAGAGCUCCAGGUUUGCCUGGUUGCCGGAGCUUCAGCAAACUAGUGGGUCCGAUGUUGUGGAUGGUCUGUGGUAUCCUUGGUUUCCGUUCCCAUCUCACCUCAAAAAAGGGGCCUGUCUCGUGGCCUGCGAUCUUGCUCAGAGGAAGGAGGAUCAACCACCGGAAGUCAUCCUGGUUUGCCAUACAAGAUCCGGGAAAAUCGGGAGUAAAAUCUAUUCCGGGCACCGCAGGGUGGUGGAUAUUGGGUGUGGGCAGGCAGUGAUUUUCUCGUGUGGUUUCAGUAAAUGUACUGAUCUAAUGGCACAUGGCUAUGGAAAGCUCCGUUUCACUUUUGACGUCGUUCGACUGGAAAAGAAAACUAGUGCUGAUGAGAGGAAGAGAAAGCACCGUGGCGAUCCAAAGGCUCGUUUUAUCAAUUGUGUCCUCCUCAGAUCAUUCAGCUGUGUGAUUGAGGAAGUCGGCCCUGGUGGAGACCUCUGCGGUUGUUUUCUCGUGCAUCGCCCGCCAUCUUUUCUGUGAUCAAGUGCCGCAUUCGUCAACGGAGAACUGGCUUCAGACACAUGUAACGCUAGCUUGGGAAACUUAUCAGAGAUCGGACCAGUCCAAGAAGAAACUUUACCAGGCGAUGAAGUCAUCAUUGAAGCACUCCUUAGCAAUGUCAUUUUUGGAGGAAGUACCUGUAUGGAGAUCAACAAGAGGUUCUCCAGGUUCCAUAGCUAGUGUGAUCUCUCGAUUUUGUCCCAGAAUACCAACUGCGUCGAUAUUAUGUGGGCUCGCAAUUCCACUGCUGUCAGCUAAGAGCAUUCUUUUAUUGUCUACUUCCUUUGGAUCAUCAUCGGGACGCUCUAAAUUAGCAAAGGGAGUAUUGUGCACUCUUGUUCGGCACUUCGAUGCUACCUGCAACACGAGCUGUGUUGCGGGGGGAGAAUUUGCUGACAGAUGGCUAACUUAAACCACGCUUUGCACUUCCCUUACUCGUGCAUGAUGCCGACUGAUGUGCCGACAAAAGGAGUCAAAUUUGAAGACUUUGCCCCUGGAGUAGCAGCAUGCGUAAAGAUUUCACGCCAUUUAGCAGAUAUCGAGGAUAUAGACCCUGCCAAUGGAGAUUCGGUCAUUCUACCAGACACAUCAUCUCUCGUAGUUCUAUUUCCAUGGACGUUUUCUUUUGGGUAUGAUUUGCCAUAUGUUGAUCCCUGUGUAGCACCAACAUCUAUCUCAAGAAGAAAUCUACUGACAUUACUUCGUGGUGCGCCUCUACUGAUAUUAUUUAGUCCAUCCGCAUCGCCUUUGGUCUCAA